GGACUCAACAGGUCGGCAUGGUGAGUGGCGGUCGCCGCUCCGCAAUUCCAGAUGCCCUUCCGCAGAGUUGGACUCGCCGUCGGCACCAAACCUGCCCUUCUGCCGCCCCCAAAUGCAACCGUCACCGCCGCAGCAGCAGCAGCAGCAGCCGCCGUCUCCGAUCCUCUCCUCACGGCCUGCCUCGACGCGAACGGAACGUACAUAUGCACCGCCUUCAAUCCUCGCUGCUUCAUCAUCCAGAAGGUGACGUCUCCGACGCCUCAGCAGCCACCACCGUCGACGUCGGGACGCCUCGCCGCAGCCGCCGCCGCCCCCGCAUCGGUCACCCGUCUCAAUCCGUACGCCGAUGUGUUCGAGACAAAAUACACCGAGUCGAAUAGGGAUUCGCUCGUCGAAUGGGACCACCACGAGAGACUACACCAUCACCAACAGCACCACGCGGACUUUUGCACCCUUGCCACGACCCUGGACGGCUACGUGUACAUGAAUGGGGAUGUCGGGAACCUGCCAACAGGGGCGGUGUUUGCCACCGCCGCCCCUGACAGUGCCGGCAUGCAGCCGGUGGUGCAGGAGUUCGUCCCGGUCAACGGCGUGACGGAGGGGGCUGAGGGACUGAGCCCCGUCCCGCCCUCAGCUCCCGCCGACACUGGGACAUUGCACCAGCAGCAGCCAGCCUCAGCCUUCACCUUGCCACAACUCAAGCAGAUGCUCUCACAACAGUUGGAAUAUUAUUUUUCAAGAGAAAACUUGGCAAAUGAUACGUAUUUGCUGUCCCAGAUGGACAAUGACCAGUACGUACCCAUCUGGACGGUGGCCAAUUUUAAUCAGGUGAAGAAGUUAACCAAAGAUAUAAAACUGAUAACGGAGGUGUUGCGCGAGUCUCCUAACGUCCAGGUCGACGAGGAGGGCGUCAAAGUCAGACCCAACCAUAAGAGAUGCAUCGUUAUUCUGAGAGAGAUCCCCGAUAAUACUCCUAUCGAAGAAGUCAAAAAACUGUUUACCGGCGAAAAGUGUCCCAGUUUUAUUUCGUGCGAGUUCGCGCACAACAGUUCGUGGUACGUUACCUUCGAGUCGGAUGAGGACGCCCAAAAGGCAUACCGGUAUCUGAGGGAAGAGGUGCGGGAAUUCCAGGAUAAACCCAUAAUGGCUCGUAUCAAGGCGAAGCCGAUGAACAGGUUGCCCAUUCCACCGGUGGCAGCCGCAGCGGCCGGUACCGUUGUCAAGAAUGGAUUCCGCGCGACGCCGCCUCCCGCUGCCGUUUACGACCCCGCCGCCUUUCCGCCGGGAGGUCAACAGAGAUUCAUCUAUACGGCGAACGGAACACCUGGCCAGUCCGUCUCUUACACGAAUCAAGUGCAUCACGUCUACCCGCCUUACCAACAGCAACAGUAUUUCACGUCGAUGAUGCCGUGGCACGCCGCUGGUGCGUACUACGAUAUAAACCAAGUGUUUCAAAUGAACGGGCUGGCGCCGCAGACGUACAAACAUCAAUCGUACCGGAACAAUAACGGCACUAGACCACGUAAGCAAAGCCGCGGAGGCUCCACCCAGACGGAUGGGCAGCAGCAGGGACCGCCUCAACCGCCGUCACUUGUGGGUGGUGUAGCUGCAGGUGUAGCAGGAACAGCGAGUGCUAUUGCGGCGACGUCGGUGUCCGCCAACGCUACAGCAGCUGCCGCGGCAAUCGGAUUAAACCAGAGGCAGAAUCACCACCAAUUGCAGCAACAGCAGCAGACAGUCAUUUCUGCGCCGCCUCCUUCCGUGUCUCCUCAGGGCACGCCAAAAAUCAAUAUCCCAGGUGCCAAACCCCCUUCGCUGAUGGGAGACGCCCCACGGAUCCAUCACAUGGAAGAGCAGCCGCAUAAUGUCAACACUGCCGCAGUUUUAGGUAUUCCACUCGUGUCUUCUGAGAUUCUCGAAACGUACCGACAGCUGCCGGCUGGGCAUCCCGGCAAAGACUCGAUGGGACCUCCUCGGUACAGGCGAGGAAAGAGAAGAGAGGACGAAGUGGUGACCGCGUUGAAUCCGCAGCCGCAGCCCCGAGAGAACGUCAACUCCAGGGGGCUGCAGUUUGAUCUUGAGGAUUCCGCAUUCCCACCACUACCAGGUAAAUUUCGUUUCAAAGGUGGAGCAUCUUCCGGAAAUGUGGUCGUUGGCAAGCCGCAACUUUUGAUGAACAGUGCCGGUGGUGCGUGCGGCAGCAGUAGCGGAAGUAGUGUAGGUUUGCCGGUCGAGGUCUUGCAGACUCCUCCGAGUGCCGAGCCACCGCUUACGCAACAGAACCUCAGUCAUUGGGGCGAGAACCGACUGGCGGACGUGGUGAAGGGUACGGCGAAAGGAAAGGGCAAAGAUUCUGGGAGCGGUUCAAAUUCUCCGCGGGCAGCAUCACCUCAGCAAGCGUCACAGCAAUUGCAGCAGCAGCAGCAGCAUCAUCCUUAUCAUCAUCAGCAACAGCAGCAUCAACAUCAAGGCACGUCUACUAACAAUAGCAGACACGCUUCGACGACGACAACGACGCUCGCCGAUUGCAGCAAGAACGAUGCGGUCGAUAUUCAACUUAGUACGGUUACACUCACGCCUCCUAGCUCACCAGAAAAAUUAGUUCCUCCCGUGACAACGACGACGAAAUGUACGAUGGCUGACAAGUCGACGAAAACCGAUGACGCUCUGCUGAAUGGAGAACUGGUGGAUUGUCCGACGACGACCAAUGCGGCUACCAUGACCACGGUGGUGUCCAGCGAGGCGGCGCCCCGGGUUCAUCAACCCAGCACCGUAGGACCUCCCCGUUCCGCGCACGCAGCCCAUCCUCCGUUGCCGCCACCGCACCACCACCAUCAUCACCAUCAUCACCACCAUCAACAGCAGCAGCAGCAGCAACAACAGCAACACCACCACCAACAACAGUCGCAGCCUCACAACAAGCCGGAUCACAGUAGCACAUCAACUUCCCGAACGGAACAACCGUCACAUCCAAGGCAACCAUCCACACCGCCUCUACCUGAUCCAAGUGGUAAUCCACCACGAAUGAGCUACGCACAGGUGGCCCAACAUCACAAGGAAUUGCAAAAGCAGCAACAGCAAGCUAAAGAGAAGCAACAACAAUCAACUGCCGAACAAACAGUCGCAUCAGCCUCCGCUUCCGUAGCCGCAGUGAAGACCAUCGCCUCCAGUAUAUGCAAUUCUGUAAACAGCAGCAGCAGCAGCAACAACAAUAACAACAACAACGCAACCUCUCGUAUGCAGGUAGAUCAGCGCGAAAAUAAGGAGACGAGAGAGGGUGGUCAACAGCAAAAGGAAUCUGGUAGUCGGGGCGGCACAAGGCCAGGAGGCGUUGCCCGAUCGUCGACGGCUGGCCAAUACGAUCGUCCGAAUCAUCAGAGGAGGAGACAGCAGCAGGAGGCGAGGACGAACCAUCCCCAGUUGCGCGACUUCGUGCGUCCCCGGUCGCCACCCAAGUAGCUAGCUACCAGCAGCGAUCAUUGGUUGGACUACUUCUACUACUACUACUACUACUACUAUUAUGUAACGCGACAAAUUCUCUCUCCCAGUAACAAUCGAACUGUAACGAAUCCUAAUGAUUAUUAUAAUCAUUUCUUUAAUAUCUUAUUCAGUUGGUUUACUUUCUUUGCGUUUGCUUAAUUUUAUCAUUAUUUCGUUUGUUGUUGUUGUUCGCAAUGGGCUAACACCAUCACAGACCACAAAAUCUCGUGCUCGAUGAUCAUGACGAUGACUACGAUUUUCUUUUGUUUUUUUUUCUGGGAGGGAGGCAUCCUCUUGUUUUAUUAUUAUUAUUAUUCAUUUUGUUUAUCGGAGAUUUCGCUUAGUUUUCUCACGUUUCAAACACGAUUUGUUUUACAUCUAUUAUUAUUAUAAUUAUAAUUUCUGUGUGUUUGCGUCGAUAUAUAGUGAAAAUAAGAAGGAGGAAGAAAAAAAAACGAUUUCGCGCAAGUUUAUUAAGGCUGUAAUUAUUAACUUAUAAUCACGGAUGGAAAUCGAUCACCAAAUCCAAAUGGAUCGAAUUCACCGGAUUAUAUAAUUAUUAUUAUAUAUUAUUAUUAUUUUUUGUUUAUCUUAUUAUUUUCUUGUUGAAAUAUACAAAAAACACGUAUCUUGAUUUUAAUUUUUGUUUCCGUUUUGUUUUUGAAUGCUUCUCGGUUUUCUCACGUUUUCUCUUCGUAUCAUACUUUUGUUUCAACAAAAAAAA